GGUACCGGCUCGUCCCGGGGAACUGUUGUUCCCAAUCAGCUGGACAUGUUGUGUACGCCAUUCGUAAUUAGCUCAACCUGAUAAGGAAGACGCCACGUGCAACACUACACCUGUAAGUGAAGAUUAUGAACUGAGAAAAGCAACCCUUAUAGAACCAACUGCUAAUGCUCUCAUGAAACUAAUCGAAAACUGUCUGCGCGGACCUCAGAGGAAACAACCGUUAAGAGGCCAAUGGCGCGGACGUCAAUGAAAGCAAUCUGCGCAGAGCUGACCUGAACAUGUUGCCGUUGAUAAAGUAAAACCGAAGAUGUUAUGCUUAUAUUUAUCAAUAUUUAUUCUGACUCUAUUGUCCCUGUGGAAUACCAAGGAACCAUGUGAAGGUAUUCUUCAUGUUUAACAGAACUGGGUUGUAUAAACAGCUCGUUUCUCCAGUAUGUGAUUAUUGUUUUGAAAGGUACCAUUCCACUGAUGUGACACCAAGUGACACCGAACAGAAGCUGAUUAGCCUAAUUUCAAGUAUAUCAAGACAAUACAAGGUCGUUAUAAGUGCCUCAUAUGGAAAUAUUCAAACAGGCUGUCAUUAGCAAUCAGUUCUAAUGGCUGCAGUGAUAACUAUGUUUAAAACAACUGGAAUUGACAAAUCAUAUGUGGAAACCAAUAUCUUCUUUCUGAAUUUGUAAACGGCUAAUGGUUUACAUGUAUUCAGGAAAUGUCCAGAUCUUCGACACUUCAGACAGAGAAAACUACACAAAACGGCAAUAUCAAUUCUACAUGCUAAAUAACUUUGGAUUCGAAAGGCGGAAAGGACCCAGUUAAGUGUACGUUCGAAGAAUGGUAAUGACUGACUGGUAUGCUGAAACCAUCUGUGGUACUACGUAUGCAAUCAAUUCAAGUUUAACAUCUAAGAAGAUAGGAGUGUGGAAUGAGAACGGAAUAGAUUUCUCGAUAGUAUCGAUCGAACAGCGUGUUAUAUGAUACUACAGAUUAUGGAUUAAUGGAUGAAAGCGGAAUCGGGAUUUCCGGUUCCAAAGUGAACCCAUCAAUGACAAUCACUAAUUUGGGAGAAUUAUGCAAUUGAUCCGAUUAGUUCGUUGUUAACAGAAAAAGUAGUUUAGAAUCACUUUGUUCCAUUAACGAUAUUUCCGAAAGAAAGUUCUUCAUCAUUAACGGUCAAUCUAUCUCAGCGCUUCUAAUAUAUUCGAUUUCAUUCUUCUAAUCAGGAGGUUGGAUAAUUCAGAAAUGACAGUGACAAUGCGUUAGUUCGGGAUGUGGUACCUGCGAUUUCAUCCGUGAAAUGGAUUCUUUUGAUUCGAGAUGUAAACAUGUGUCAAUUAAGACACCUUGAGUGUCUUGGCCUCUGGCAUUGUUAACAUGUCAGAUAUUUUAUGACCUCAAUCCAAACAUCGAUAUACAUACAAAUGACGUGGAAUAAACAACAAAGGAACACGUGAAAAACACGCUCAUGUGAUGGAUAUUUCAAUGUGUUAUCUCUACCUCAAAACACCAGAUAGUUUGAGCUCCUCAUCCAUAGGCAAGAGCAACUACAUGUUACCAGGACGUAAAUGCUGAUUACAUGGUGUGCGUUAUGAUGGAUGGGUUAUUACCCGAUUUCCCUAAUUAGAGCAUAUCAUAUGCAGUAUGAAAGAGUAUGCUGGAAAGUAAGUGUUUAUAAUUUGUAUAUCAUUAAUAAUUAAGACGCGGCGCCGUUUACCGUAUACUUACAACCUGCUCGGGAGUUUUGAAGCAAUUCUUACGAAUGUCAUUUCUAGGUAUGCAAGGAAAAUGUGAGCAUUGUGAAAAGACCCAUCAUUUGGACAUUGACACAUUCAGGAUUCAUUACCGUUGCGGUAUUCUGGAUUAACGCGAUCGCAGGAAGUUGAAAGACCUGUUCAAUAUGAUAUGAGCUUGUGGUCUCCAAAGAAAAAAGUUGAAUUUGUUCAGAGGAUUGUUUCCAGAAGGAAUAACAGGCAAUGUCUGCAUUAAGAGGAUAAUCUGCGAUUCGGGCCCUGUGCUUUUUUUCUGGGAAGUCAUUGCAUUGGAAUUGCAUCACCAGUCCAUCAAAAGUGAUGAAAGGUGAUCAAAAGUGAUCCAAAGGGAUCUCACUGAGCAGGAUUACGUGGAACAGUGGAACUUUACUACAUUUUGUUCAUGUGGAAUAAUUCAGCAUUUUGUGAGACGAAGGGCGUCAAGAGAGUUUACAAUAGAAUAACAUCUAGAGGCUUUUAAGUGGAAAUUUAUCCCCAGUUAUUGGGUUUGAAUUUUGUGAAUAUCUUAUAAAGUGAAAGUAAACCAACAGCUUUUGAAGGAGAAGGAAAUCAGUUCAUUUAGUGAAAGCUAAUCACCAGCUUUUAAAGCAACAAAACGUACAAUAUCUUGCUUUCAAAGAGAAGCUAAAUCUUAUGCUUUAAAGUGGGAUUAUUUAAAUAACGAAAAUAAUUUAACAGGUUCUCAAGUGCAAUUGAAAAUGUGUUGAUGGCAUGCUGUUUAUAUAUGGAGCCUGACAUCUCAAUCCGUCACCUUGCUGCUACUGUUGUGUGAAAUAAGGAACCAGGAUAUGUCUCAAACAUUCCUCUUGAAUAACAGUACCACCGAUAACACUCAAAGUGGGGAAUAUGAUCACCGUUAGUGCAUAUUAAAAAUAUAUCAACCAUUUCUCUACGUCAUAGGUGACCUGAAUAGUAUCAACCAUGCACUGAAAGUUGAGCUCGGAAACCAAUGCUGAUAACGGCCUAUUGUUGGAACAUUCCCGUAUGAGCAAUCUUAUCCAUCGACCAUUUCUCACCUCAAGAGCACUGACCAGUCAGUUUGAUUACAGCUGAUCCACACGUGGUAAACCAUAACGGGAUAACAGUACAGCAUCUUGUGUGGGAUAUACUAUAUGGAGGUAUCCAAAUAGCCAUUGAGCAUUCGUGAGCGCAGCUGGACAGCAAUUGGAAGCACGUGUGUGGUGCCAUUAACAGUGUGUAUGGUGUAAUAAGUCUAUUUCCGUGUACUCCUGGAAAGGAUGUUAAAUGUUAUGAAGUGUCAGCUUUGGACAUGUGAUAACCGGGUUAUCUUUGAGUUUAUCUGAUGUGUUUCGUACGAUUUCCCGGCAACUAUACCAUAUAUUAUUCUCUUGCACUUGUGAGGACGUAACCAUCAGCUUUGAACAUGCAUUUUAUUGCUGAUUGUGUGCUAUUGUUAUUGGAUCAUUUACUUGGAGAAAAUAUUACAACGUGCAGUGAUUUCUUGGAGCGUAAAUAGUCACCAAGUGAUUCAGAAGGAAAGACAGCGACACCUGGUGGCGACAGAUGGUCGUCAAGGAAGGUAGGUCACUCUAAGUGAUCAAAAGACUAAUCGAAAAUUGUGUUUGUUGUGCUACCAGUCCCUAUGAUUGAUUGCUUCAACGACGGACAUUUGCCUGAAGAGAUAUGACGUCAGUGGUUAACGUCAAUUCCUGUGGAUUUGUAACGAUUCUACUCGCGCUAAUACAAUACUCCGAUUAAUUAGAAGGACUCUUUCGUUUACGGCACAUCUUCAUAUCUGGAUUUAUCAGAUGUGCCGUCAUGUUGUGAGGGUGUGAUCACGUUUUCUGUGACGUCACAAAAACAAACUCUGAUGUCUUUGUUGCCCUAGGGUAAAGUCUAAUCAGGAAGUAGUGUGCCAUAGCUUCGUAUUCCGAAUGUUUUCCAUAUCGUAUUCACAAACACAUCAACAUGUGAUUUCACUAAUAAUCAACAUGAACAAUAGUUUAGACUUAGGGAACAAAUCGGGAACUAUUUCGGACGACGCGUGUGCAAGAAUUCUCUUGGAGGGCCCUCCUCCAGCAACGAGAUUCCAGCUGGAAGCGAGGAUAGUAAUAUGCACAUUGAUGGUUCUAAUUACGUUGGUCGCCAUCUUGGAUAACAGCCUCGUUAUCAUGAUCGUCUGCUUCAACAGGUCGCGUAGAACAAAAACAAAUAUUUUGGUUUUCUCCCUUGCAGUCGCAGACCUUUUAAUAGCGCUUGGACCAAUGCCGCUUAGCACAUACUUAAUGUAUACAAGCCUUACGUGGCACAUUGGCGACUUCGUGUGUUUAUUGUUGAAUUCGUUUGAUGUCUACCUGUGUACAUUAUCAAUAUUCCACGUGUCAUUCAUGGCGAUAGACCGAUGUUUAAGUGUAAGUUACCCAUUCUUCUACGAACGAGUUGGAAAGAAAAGCGUCAUAUUCAUGCUAAUGACGUCAUGGAUCGCUCCCAUCGGCUUUUCCUUCCUACCAAUCAUGAGUGAGCUUUAUCGAAUCGGAUUGGAGGACUGGUACGCAUGCGCAUUACCAUUAGGCUCAACCAUGGGUCACUGUACUUUUUUCGCCAACAAAACAUAUUCACUUGCAACUUUCAUGACAUUUGUAAUUUGCCUCAUUAUAAUCAUGGUGUGUUAUCUCAAGAUUUUCUACGAGGCUAGAAAACAAGCUGUUCUGAUCAGAACUCUGUCGGUGAGCGACAACGGGACGAGUGGAAAGAGUGUUAAGCAGGAACUGAAAGCUGCCAAAACCAUUGGAAUCAUCCUGGUAGCGUUCAGCGUAUGUUGGCUCCCGUCGGAAAUUGUCACCGUGGCCAAUCCAUUCCUGGGCUAUAAAAUAUCAGACAAGGUGUAUGGACUGGUCGUGUGGCUAGGCUAUGUCAAUUCAAUGCUGAAUCCUUUAAUAUAUUACUUCUCGAACCGAUCGUACAAGGAGUCUGCAAAAAUGUUGUUGUUAAGACUACGGGCUCGACAUAUACCUAGUGACGCGUUGUCCAUGGCGAAUAUAAGACACAGAUAACAUGUAUAUCAUAAGACGCCGCAAUUCGCUGAACCGAGUUGGGUCCCUGGGCACGCCAGAAUCCUAUGAUCGUUGGUUCGAAUCCCCGUUCGUCCCGAAUAUGUUUCUAGGUUUGUCAGCACCAAGUCCGUGCCUGUGGGUUUUAACAAAGUGGUGAACGCCUAAGACCUGCAUCACUUCGGGUUAUCCUCCCACAUCAAACUGACACGCCGUGCUAUAACUGAAAUACUGUUCAAAGCAGCGUUAAACCCAACUCACUCACUCACUCACUCUGAUCUUGCAGGAGGACUGUGUGUCACAUCAUGUGCCGAUUUUCAGGCAUUUUUAUCGUUUUUAAGCAUUUGUCAUUUGUUAUUCUGAAAAAACCCAAAGAAUUGCCCAAAACUGAAAGAAAAUAUGUUUUCCUCAGGUCUUUGUCGCAACCAUAAAUGUAUACUGAACAUGUUGGAUGUCUUGAAAAAAUGAUAUUAAAUCUAAUAUAUAUAUAUAUAUACCUUUGAGUCAUGAAUCAUUGAUUUCUGAGUCCA